UUUCAGAAAUGGAUAUGGAACGCGAGUCUAACGCAAUUGUUGAAGCAAUUAUGAAUCACUUCGACGUACAAGAAAAAGUGGUUCGUGAGCUCAAAAAACGAAUUGCAGUUCAUGAAGAGAUAUAUGCAAACAAAGAUAAGUACAUUGACAAUCUCUUUGAGUUCUAUGGAACUGCAAUGGCCGAGAUGAACAAUCAACUUCUACAAAAAAACGAGGAGAAUCGUCUCUUGAAGGAGAAAUUGGGUUUCAUGGAUAAGGAAAUUGCAAAAAUGUAUGAACACGUGUUUGGAGGAGCUGAACCACAACCGAAAGAAAACAAAAUUUGACUUUGUUUUUAAAUUGAAGAUUAUUUAACCUCAUACUUCAUUAAGCGCAUUCCUAUAUCGACUUUCAGCUAUUAAUUUUUCGUUAUGUCAUAAAUACUAUUACAACCACUGUUUUUAUUAUUUAAUAAGAGUUUUUUGUGUGAAAUUUGCUGAAUGUAGAAUCCAAUAAACUAGAAUAAAUCAUAUUUUCUGAUAUAGAAAAAAUGAAGCUUGUAACAUCAGUUUU